AUGUAAACAAGAGCGUAAGGACGACGAAGGACAGAUUAAGUGUGUGGCUAUUUACUGAAGAAUACAGAUCACUACAAAGCUAGAGAAAAUGCCUGAUUCAGAGAAAAGGACACGACAGGACAUUAGAAUGACAAAGCCGCUGACAGUGCUGAAGAGCAUUGGCCCAAAGUUAGUACCAUUCUUCAAAACGGUGGCCAUCUUUUUUGUUCUCUUUGGACGAGAGGAAAAGGAAAGUUCCAAAUUGUUCUGCUGUGUGGCCAAAAUCUUACCAAUCAUCUCGCUGAUCUUGUUUGUGUUUCUACACGGCAUGAAUCUCACAGAAUACUACCGCUAUUCACGGAGGAUUCUGAUUGGCCUGAUCUUCUCAUGCUUUGGCGACAUACUGUUGGUGUGGAAGGAUUCAUAUUUUGAAGCUGGAAUUCUCAUGUUUGCUGUGGCUCAGAUCUGCUACGCCAGGGCAUUUGGAUGGAAACCAUUCAACCCCUACGCCCUGGCUGUGUUUGCCGCCAUCGGAGCAGCCACCUAUGGUAUUUUGAGUCCCUCCUUAGAUGGAAUUUUGAGCUAUCUGGUUGCGAUUUACAUAACCUUGAUUUGUGUGAUGGGAUGGAGAGCGGUUGCCAGGGUGAGAUUUUUUGAUGACCUUGUGACCUGGACCAAACUCUGUGGAUGUGCAGGCUCAAUUCUGUUCAUGAUAUCAGAUGUGACCAUCGCUGUUAAUAAGUUUGUGAUGCCCCUACCAUUCCACCACCAAAUUAUCAUGCUGACAUACUAUGCAGCCCAAUUGGGCAUAACAUUGUCAGUGGUGGACAGUCAGGUGGACAUUAUCUUACAGUCGGACACAGAUUAGGAUGGACACAUCAACCUGUCGACAUGAUUCAAAAAC